AUGGAUGGAGCCGAAGGCAUAGGUCUCCCAGUUGUCGUCACAACGACUCAUCCCCAUCUACAAGUUGAGAAAGAGCAUGAAAUGAGAAAUAAUCAUACCUCUGCACAUGGUUGUUCAACUGUGCCAAGGGGGGGGAAAAGCUGGCCAGCAUCAGCAGAUGAAGCGUGCAUCAAUGAAAUGACAGGUGAACAUUACCUCAUGCCGGAGUUCACCAAAACGGUAAACGACGACCACAACUGCAUGAUCUUUGCCAAGGUCGCAAGUUUGGUCUGGCAAGACCUUCAGAACAUGGCCAACAGUGACUGCCUUGUGAAUUGCAAGGUAAAAUGGAAUAAGCAAUCACUUUUCAUAUUUGUGAAGGAGAUGUACCAUGGAUUCAAAGAAGACUGGUGGGCCCAGAAUGACGCUGAGAAGAAAGCUGCCAAAGGUGUGAACAAGCGAAACAAUAGAUGUGCUCAACAUUGCAAAGAAAAAGCAGAUUGGCUUAUGACAGCAUGUCAGGCUUACAUCGAGAAAUUCAGUGUUGAUCCAGUGGACCUUGUGCAUGCAGAUCAUAUGUCGGAUGAAGCAUCUGGACCAGACGAUGAUGAGUUGGAGGAUGAUUGGAAGUGA